UUUUCGACUAGAGGGGGAAUUGCUGGACAAAAAUGCAGCUGUUCAAGUAUUCAAUAAUUUUCGUUUUGUGGGUCGGAACCUGCCUCGCGAUUGGGAAAGAGGAUCAUUCCGAUUCCUUCGAAGCGUUACGAUUCGUUCAAGCAAUUCAAGGUCAACUUCCUUCCCAAUGGUUAGAAAGUCCGACACAUUGGCGAAAUUUGGCAAAGGAGGCCAUCCUCUCAAAAGAGCGGCAAGGUCCACUUGAGGCAGUGGCAAAAAAUGGGAUUUUCUUUAUCGGCGAUGGUAUGGGAUUAACUUCAGUGUCUGCCGCUCGGGUUUUUAAGGGACAGAGAGAUGACGGGGCAAGAUUCGGGGAGGAAUCCUCCCUCCACAUGGAGACAUUUCCUUACUCUGGACUCUCAAAGACGUACUGCUUGGACACUCAAGUAGCAGACAGUUCAUGCUCCGCGACGGCGUACUUAUGCGGGAGUAAGGCUCGAUUUUCCACAGCCGGGUUGUCACCGGGGGUCGUAUUUGGUGAUUGUCGAGGCCAAAAUAAUACCAACUUUCAUGUCUCAUCUAUAGUCGAAUGGGCUCAAGUUGGUUCACCAAUAAAUUUGAUGCAUGAAUUUGUCGUUAAAACGUUUAUCAAUUUCAGAGGGAAGGGAACAAUCCCUGGCGCCGCGAAUUGGGCUGGUAUUGCACAACGAAGUUGGGAAACCGACGCAGAUGUUGCAGAAUCGGGUAAGAAUCCUGAAGUUUGUCCGGAUUCGGGGAUCCAAUUAUUGAGAAAGGAAGCUGGACAGAGGCUAAACGUACUGCUAGGCGGGGGUCGGCAUAGAUUAACGCCCGUGGAGAAAAUCGACCCAGAAACAAAUUCCCCUGGCAAGAGGACAGAUGGAAGAAAUAUAGCGGAAGAAUGGCUCGUCAUGAAGGAAGGGCAAAGUGGGAUGGCGAGAUAUAUUACGGGACGAGAUGAACUCUUGGGAUUAAAUGUGUCAGAGGUUGAUGAUCUGCUGGGCUCGUUUGCUAUGCAAGGAUUACCUUGGAGUGACGAGCUGGAGAGAGAUAAUGACCCCACGAUGCAGGAAAUGGUGCAAGUUGCGAUUAAAAUAUUGAGUAAAAAUCCAAAUGGGUUUUUCCUUUUUGUUCAUGGCGGCAAGAUUGAUAGCGCGCAUCAUGCCAAUAGACCAGGUCGCGCGUUGCGGGAAAUUGUAGAAUUUGACAAAGCCGUCAAAACAGGGGACGAAAUGACGGACGAUCUAGAUACAUUAAUCGUCGUCAGUGCCGAUCAUUCCCACACGAUGGGAUAUUGUGGCUACAACGUGAGGGGCAAUUCCAUCCUACGUCACUCCAUUAUUCCCGCGGACGAUGGCUUUGUUUUUUCCACACUGAACUACGUUAACGGUCCAGGUCCCGCGUGGACAAAUCCGGACACCGGGCUCAGGCACAACGUUCUUUUGGAUAAUACAAGCAAUCCCAAUUAUGAACUCCCGGUUCCAGUGCCGCUAUUUUCCGAAGCGCAUUCGUCAGAGGACGUCCCAAUUUUUGCAAAAUAA